AAUGCCAACCUGAUUUAUUAUAAUUUGACGCAAUUCUCUGCAACCCCACAUCUCAUUCCUUAGUUUCCCUCAAUCCUCAUCCUCCUCCUCUUCCUUUCUUUCUCUCUUCAAUUCUUUGAAGGGGAAGGGAGAGAGAGAAGGGGAGAAGGUGGUGUUGUGGGUUGGGGAAGCCUAGCCUGGGAGAUCUGUUUCGUGAGUGAGUGAGUGAAUGAGAGGGUGGUGAUCGACAGAAGAGAUAUUCUAAUUUGUUGUGGGGUAGUGCGUGGAAAAGAAGCGAAGCCAAGGCAUCAAUCAUGAUGAUGGCCUUUGGCGGAACAAACCAGAAAUGCAGGGCCUGUGAGGAGACCGUGUAUUUAGUGGAUAAGCUCACCGCCGAUAGCCGUAUCUACCACAAGUCCUGCUUCCGAUGCCACCAUUGUAGAGGUACCCUCAAGCUGAGCAAUUUCAAUUCCUUUGAGGGAGUCCUGUACUACAGACCUCACUUUGACCAACUCCUCAAGAGAACCGGUGGUAGUCUGGAUAAGAGCUUCGAAGGUUGCAGGGGAUGGAAGUGCAUACCACAAGAGUUGUUUCAAAUGCACCUAUGGUGGAUGUGUUAUAAGCCCAUCCAAUUACAUUGCUCACGAGGGAAGACUAUACUGCUAGCACCACCAUAUUCAGCUAUACAAGGAGAAAGGCAAUUACAGUCAGCUUGAAAAUGAGCAUGAGAAGCCACCACCCGUGCCACAGAAAUUCACACCCCCCACACAAGU